AUGAGAGUGGCGCUCCGCACCCCAUUGCGGGCAUCGGAUUUUGAUCCAGCGGCAGUGUUCAGAUACAAUCCGAAUGGUUUCUUCUUGAGCCAAGCUUCGAAGCGCAAUUAUUCGUCUACGUCUUCUCUGCGAUCUCCGGCCUCCAUUCAAAGUUCAUGGAGAGGGAUAUCUCGGCACCAUUCACAUGCGCGAUCGUCAUUCCGCACAUGUCCGUCUUCGCGGUUCUAUUCUACAAAAACACCUAUCUUGCCGGAGGAUAUCAAGUCUCGGGACAAUAGAUCGGGUCAUUCAGGUUCACAGCGAUCGCGGAGGAGGCUUCUAAAAUAUGCAAUCAUCGCCGGUGUCGUCGGCGCUACAACGGUGACCUUAUCAGAUGAUGUACGGCAUCUAUAUCGCGCGGCACAGCGUACAGGCCGGGUUGUCGGGACUCUGGCUGUCUGUAUCAAUGAUUACCGUGUCACCCUCAAACAAGAUACUCCAACAGAAGAAGAGCGACAAGAGGCUAUCCGAGCAUGUCAUAAGCGUUGCGCAGAACGAACCCUACGUGUUCUCGAGAAGAAUGGGUCUAUCUUUAUAAAGUUGGGCCAGCAUCUCAGUAGCAUGGGUUAUCUUCUUCCGUUGGAAUGGACGACGACUUUCGUCCCUCUGCAAGACAAGUGUCCCGUCUCGUCUAUUGAGUCCGUCGAGGAAAUGUUCGUCACCGACACGGGCCAUCGCAUCGAUGAGUUAUUCUCGAGUUUCGAGCCAUUGCCCAUUGGAGCCGCAUCUCUUGCCCAGGUUCACAUUGGUACGCUGAAGGAGACUGGUCAGAAGGUUGCUGUUAAAGUGCAGCAUCCUGCAUUGGCCGAAUGGGUGCCCUUAGACCUGGCAUUGACACGGUUUACUUUCUCGAUGUUGAAAAGAUUUUUCCCCGAAUAUGAUCUAGAGUGGCUCUCGAAUGAAAUGGAUUUCUCGCUACCCCAGGAAUUGGAUUUCCGCAUGGAGGCAGAGAAUGCCAGGAGGGCUAGUGAGUAUUUCAAAAAUCACUCAGAUGCUCCGUUAGUGAUUCCGGAAGUCAUGUGGGCUCAGAAAAGGAUUUUGGUUAUGGAAUUCCUCUCAGGCCAUCGUCCGGAUGAUCUCGAAUAUUUGGACUCCAACCAUAUUGACCGUGACGAGGUCUCCGCCGCGUUCGCACAUAUCUUCAACGAAAUGAUCUUCGGAGACAAUGCCCCGUUACACUGUGACCCCCACGGCGGUAAUAUCGCCAUUCGCAAGAACCCCAACCGACGCCGCCACAACUUCGAUAUCAUCCUCUACGACCACGGCCUGUACCGCGACAUUCCACGCGAUUUACGUCGUAACUAUGCUAAGCUCUGGCUGGCAGUCAUCGAAGCAGAUGAAGGCCGCAUGCGUGAGUAUGCGCGUAAGGUCGCAGGUAUCACAGACGAACAAUUUCCCCUGUUCGCGAGCGCAAUCACCGGACGAGAUUACACCGUGCUAGCCAAUAAGGAUGUCGCUUCUCCACGCACGGCUGCCGAAAAAGAGAACAUCUCCGGUGCGCUCGGGGAGGGCAUGCUGCAACAGCUCGUUGAGUUGCUUGGCCAGGUACCCCGGAUCAUUCUUUUGAUACUGAAGACAAACGAUCUGACCCGCAGUCUGGACGAAAAUCUACAUACCCGACAGGGACCCAUACGCACAUUUCUUAUCCUAGCCCGCUACGCCACGCGCACCGUCUUCGAAGAGAAGAUGGAGAACAUCAACGAGACCGGCGGCAUGCUCCGCCCACUCAACUUCUUGCGGUUUCUCUGGGCCUGGACAGGCUAUCUCCGGGUUGAACUGAAACUCUCCAUCUACGAGACUCUGCUGUCUAUGAAAAGUCAGUUCGGGUUGAUCUGA